AUGGACCCGAUCUCGGCACUCACGGGCUACCACGCGCCCGUGCGCGGCGCGGGCCGCACCGCCCAUGCCCCCGGACCGCGCGUGCUUGUCCGGGUCGGCGGCGUGGUCGAGGGGAAGGUCGCCGGCGGCCGCAACUCCGCCGCCGUCGCUCCGCCGGCUCUGAUCGAGUAUCUGGCGUUGAGGGCGGCGGCGCAACGCGGGUCUGACGCAUCCAUCACCACGAGCCUCGCGACCGCGGUCGCUGGCGGCCGCAACUCCGCCGCCGUCGCUCCGCCGGCUCUGACCGAGUAUCGGGCGUUGAGGGCGGCGGCGCAACGCGGGUCUGACGCAUCCAUCACCACGAGCCUCGCGACCGCGGUCGUGGCACACCUGGCGGCGGCUCUCGGGGCCGUCUCUACGGCGCUCGACGCCGUGUGA